AUAAACUGUAUCCCGUCACUGAGACGGCAUUCGGACUUUUUGUUCUAUUAAAGAGUGGGGACGGCGAAAUACUCGGUCAGUCUACUCUCAACCACCGAAGAUUUCACACAACUCAGAAUGUCGCUAGAUGAGAAAUUUCAAUCGGCCGCCGCAGCCGUAAAAUCUCUAACGAAACGACCGACCGACGACGAACUUUUGGAACUUUACGCUUUCUUCAAGCAAGGAACCGAAGGAGACAACAACACCCCAAAGCCAGGUUUGUUGGACCUCAAAGGAAAGGCAAAAUGGAACGCGUGGGACAGCAAACGAGGCACAUCGCAGGAUGCGGCUAAAGAAGCGUACAUUAAAUUCGUUGACACUGUGUUAGCGAAGUACAAAUAGAAUUCAGUAACCGUAAUCAUAAUAAUAA